AAAAAAAAAAAAAAAAAAAAAAAAAAAGCUGCGAUGUCGACAAUCCGGUGGUUGACGUGUGGACGGGCUUGACGGGCAGGAGAUCAAGAGCGAUGGAUGACGGCAGAUCAAGUGGAAAUCUGCUAGCAGAGAUCCGAAGAUGAUCCAUUCCCCCACCAUUUGCCCGCAUCGCGGUGGGUGAGCGUGGUUCACCCCCAGACAGACACAACGACAUUGGAAUCCCAGUGUCAAACACCUCGUCCCUUCAGGAAAUCACGUCCGGCCCGUCUCAGCGCGGCAUUUCUGGCAGGCGUGAUGGCGUCAGACAAGCCAGAGUCAGAGCUCAUGAUUCGGGAAGAAGAGGGCGUCCACGUCGAAUUGACUUACGAUCACUUGGAUGUCGUUGCUUGCAUGAAUCGGGUCAAAAGCCCCAAGGCCGGCGCCGUCGUCAUGUUUGCAGGCACAACGCGCGACUCCUUUGCCGACAAGCCCGUCAAGCAACUGACCUACCAAUCGUAUGCACCCCUCGCGCUGCGCACGCUGCAGGACCUCGCUCGCAAGGUCAGAGCCACGCACGCCCUAACCGCCAUCUCGAUCACGCACCGCCUCGGCACCGUCCCCAUCGGUGAAGAGUCGAUUUUGAUUGCCGUGUCAGCGCCGCAUCGGCAAGCAGCGUGGCAUGGCGGCGAAGAGGCGCUCGAGCUGUGCAAGGAGCGCGCCGAGAUCUGGAAGCUCGAGGAGUUCGAGGGCGAGGAGGGCGUUUGGCGUGCGAAUAGGGACGGGCAGGUGGGCACUAAGGUGCAAGAGGGGGAGGGGAGGAGCACGGGGACUGCUGGGGCGGGUGGUAGUGAGGGAGGGAGGUGAAGGAGAGCAUCGGAGACGUGGAAAGUAGUGAUGAGAGUGGCGGAAGAGGGCGGAUACGGUUUUGUGGGGAUGGACUUGGAGCUCGCGGUAAAGCGGGUGUUGGGAGCGGGGAG